AUGGAAUCAUCACCGUGGGUUUCCAGAGAUGAUUUAUUGGCAUUGGAAAGGCGUGUACCUAACAAACUACCACAGGAAUACCGAUUUGAUAAAGUUGAAUUUUGGGCUCAAUUACAUGGUCUUCGAGUAAACUAUCUGAACAGAAAAUUCAUUCAGAGUUUAGUUUCUUAUGUUGGUAGCCACAUAACAAUAUAUGUUCAAGAAGCAAGAAAUUGGGGUAAAUUUGAUAGAGUACGUAUCCCAGUCGAUGUUAAACGGCCACUUAGAGACUCUAUCACUUUUCCUCUUUCUAAUGGACAAGAAAUCGUGGCUGAAAUCAGAUACGAAAGAUUACCAAGAUUUUGUUUAUUCUGCGGUCUUCUGGGUCAUCUUAUGAGUCUAUGUCCGAAAGUUCAUCAAUUGAAAGAUAAAGUCUAUCAUGAUUUUCCCCCAGAACUUCAUCAACAGGCAUAUAAUCUUAUUCUUCCAAAAUAUCAACGUUCUAUCAAUGCAUCUUUGAAGAACUUCAAUAUUGAUUUGGAUGAAUUCAAAGACUCAGAUUUACAGGAAGAAAUCAUGAUGGAGUUGGUGCAGAAUCAAAGCACAAUCUUAACUGAGAUUUCAGGGAUGAUGAAUCAUCAAGCCAACUCAUCAGCCACUAGGAAUUUGUCAUCCACGUCAUCACCUGAUCCGUACAUUUAUCGAGAAGAUAACAUACACAGGAAGUUACGUGUCUCUGGAGUUUUUUCUGAUAAGAAUACCCUGAGUUAA